AUGAUAUAAAAUUAUAACAUCCUUAUCUUCGUUUUAUAUUUAGUUAUAGAAUGUAAGACAAUUGGAGUAGAAUAAGAACUUGAAAAUAAAGAAAGUGAACAAUUUUUAAAGAUUGAAAUAAGAUCUUAAGCCUCGUAAGAAAUAAAAUUAAGAUUUUACAAUAAUUAAGUAUUUUUAAGAAAUAAUUUGUUUAGACUUAGAAAAAGGAUAUUUAUAAUUGUUCAAUCUAAGAUAAAUGUGAAUGUGAUGGUAAUAUUUUUGAGAAUUUUGAAUGUUCAUAAAACAAAAGCUUAUUUUUGAUGUAAUUUAUAAAGUUCCCAUAUGUAUAUGGAGAUAAUAUUGAAGAAAUAGAAAAAAAUUCAAUAGAGUAAACAUUAGGAAAUAGUGUUAUAACUUCUAAAUUAUUUAGGAUAUUGACUGUUAAAAAUAGUGAAAUUAAUUAGAUAGCCUCAUAAGGGGUGAAAUAUAAUGAUAAAGAUUUAAGUAGUUAAUUGUAAUUAGGUGAUUAUGAUUUAUUCUUAAGAUGGUAAAUUUAUAGUAAUAGAACUUUUGAUAUGGCAAUAGAUUUUAAUAAUAAAAAUUGGAUUGGUUUAGGAUUUUGUCCUAAUGUAAAAUAAUUUAUAAUAUCUUAGAUGAACAAUUGUGAUAUGAUAUAUAUCUAUUUAGAUGGUAAGAGUGUUAAAAUAAGAGAUACAUUUGCAACAGGUCAUACUAUUCCUGAAAUUGACUCUAGUAAUGAUAUUAGAAUAUAAUCUUAUGUUAUAAAUGAAACAGGUUACUCUGUUAGAUUUAAUAGAAAUUUGAAUACUGGAGAUCCUAAGGAUCAAAUUCUUUUUGAAGGAAGAUCAUACAAAUUUUGUAUAGCUUGGUCAACUUAAAAUUAAUUUGAUGGACAUAAUAAAUAAUAUAAUUUUGAUAUUGAAUUUGUUAAUAAUUAUAUUGGAAAAGUAAUUUUGGAUGAUGGUAUGAAUACAUUAUAUGUGAUACAUGCUAUUGUAUUAUUUAUAGCUUGGGGAGUAUUUGCAGAUGUUGGAAUAAUAAUAGGAAGAUUUUUUAAAUCUAUAAAUAGUUAUUUAUGGAUUCAUGCAAUAUGCUUUAUUAUUGUUGACUUUUCUACAAUAAUCAUAAUGAUCUUAAUUUUUAUAAUGGGUAUAAAGGGAGGAAACAUUUAAGGAGAUGGAGUUUAGGGAGGUCAUAAUUUAAUAUCAAUACUUCUUACAUUACUUGUAAUUGUAGAACAUAUUUUGGGAAUGGUUGUUAAACAUCAUUUAGAAUCAAAUGAUACAGAAAAUAGAUAAAGAGUAUUUAAAAUACGAAUUGUUCAUAUUGUUUUAGGGAAUUUUAUGUAUUUGGCUGCUAAGGUUGAUAUAAUUUUAGGAUUUAUUAAAAAUGAAUCUUCAAUCUUAUUGAUUUUAUCUAUCAUAUGGACAGCUCUAUUGAUAAUAAUUCGAAUAGUAUUAGAAAUUUAUAAAUCUAAAAAUAAAUUUAUAUAAUCUAAAAUUGUACCAGAAUAACCUUAAAUACUUAAUGAAAAUUAAUUAAAAUUACUAAAACUUCUAGAAACCAAUCAACCAACUAAUUAGAUUAUAAAAUAAUUACCUGAUAUUAAAUGGAUAUUAUUAGAUUAAGAUAUAUAUGAUGUUACUGAUUAUUAACAUCCAGCUGGAAAUUUCCUUAUUGUAAAUGUAAAUGGUAAAGAAAUUAGUCGUUAUUUCAAUGGUGGUUUUGCUCUAGAAUCAAUCAAAAUGAAAUAACAUAAUCAUAGUAGAGUUGCUUUAUAAUCACUUAAAAAUCGAUAUAUAGGUACAUUAUAAAUAUAAAAUGCUCAUCAUUUAAAUCCUGGAUCACCAUGGGACUUAGUUCAGAAAAUCUAAUUAUCAACAAACAUAAUGUAAUUUGAUUUCACAAAUAAAGAUUUCACUAUAAAUCUCAAAUAGAAUUUAAGUGACUUUGGAUAACAUUUUAGUAUUUCUUUAUCUGAAUUUGCUCCUAAAACUAGAAUAUAUACUAAAAUCAUGUGUAUGGCUAAACCAUAUCAGCAAUUUAGAAAUUCAAUUAUUGAUUAUUGUGAAGACAAAACUUAACAAAUACCUAUAUUAUAAUAUUAGACAACAAAUACAAUUCCAUUAAUUAUUAAAAAAUACAAUUUUAAAAAAGCUCUUACUCCCUAAAUUUUUAAUCACCAAGGUUAAUUUUGGAUUUAAGGUCCUUUUUCUAGAGGUUUAGAACUUCAAAGCAAAUCUAAAUGUGUUGUUUUUGUUGGCGGAACUGGAAUUUUACCAUUUUUAGAUUUAUUAGAUCUUUUAUUGAUUAAAUCAUAUUAUAUUGCUAAUCCAACUAAAUAAACUUAAAUAUUAUAAUUUGCACCUUAAAUUGAUUAAUUGGAUAAUGAAUUUGAACUGAUUUUAUUAGCAUCCUUUUAAAAUGAAGAUGAAUUUAUUGGUAAAGAAUGGAUUAGAAAAUUAUAUUCAAUUAACAAGAAUAAUAAUUUUAAAUUAUUUGAUAUGAAAAUAAGAUAUUCUGAUGGUAAGUUAGAUUCAAUCAUACCAGCAUUUCAUAAUAAAUUUAAUUAAGAUUUUGUUAAUCCUUUUUUAGGAGAUUAUUAAAAGAAUAUUUUUAUAUGUGGACCACCCAAUAUGAUUUAUUCAUUAAAUUAAAUUAUCUCUCAAACAAAUUAAGACUAAAGUAAAGUUUUAAUUGUUUGA